AUGGACGAUGUGAGCUUUGCAAGCCCUGCUGUGACUUCGUCGACUACUCGUGCCCGAAGAAGCGUAGAACUGGUGGAUCCAUGGCUCGUUAAAACUGGUUUCUAUCACGGCUACUUACCCAGAGAAGAUAUCAUUUACUUGCUGAAGAAACACGGAGACUUUAUCGUAAGGACCAGCGAGGUGGAUCCAAUGUCAAAGGAAAAGAAGAAGGAAACUGUCGUUUCAGUACUUAUGGAUCCAGAUGGGAAGUUUGACGAAAUGCCUUUUGGCGAAAGUCGCCAAGAUAUGGUAAAUCAACAAAACAUGUGA